AUGGACCCUGUCAGUCGUCCCCAAAAGAAGCGGGCACGGGUCUCUCGCUCCUCCUCCACCGGAGCUUCAGCGGAGCCGUCUCCACCCGCAGCGCAUGCGCCGCUGGAUACUCCCUGUCAGUACAGCGGCAGCACCGUUGACGAGGUUGAUGAAAACGAUGUCCGCAGCAACGAAGACGCUGGGGUGCAGCACCACGGAGACCUCUACGGAGAUUCCACUGAAUUGGCCGUCGGAGAAGCAAGCGGGUACGGUGGCAGCGAUCACCACGACAGCACGGUAGUCGAUGACGGCGAUAUCGCCGACGAUGCCGUGACAGGUACAAACUUGGGCGAAGCGGAGCAGGUGGAACGCGCAGCUGAGGUACGCGAGGAGACAGACUACAGCGCAGUGGACGGUGAGAUAGCGUCAGCGCUGCCGUGCAUAGGAAACCUUCUCGACUUUGAGAGUCCGCUGAAUCUCCGGCUCGCUACGCUGACGCGUCAGCACGGCAAGGCGUUCCGCGCGAUCGCCGUGUACCUGCCGGACACACGGACCACCAUGAACUUUGACAUCACCUUCGAGGACAUUGCGAGCGGUGCGCGGCUUGUGUGUAAGCUGGAUGAGAUCAAGUCGCGCUAUGUGGAGUGGAUCAGUCUCUUCUGUGCGUCCUUCAUCGCCGUCUUCGUACCAACGCUACAGUCGCCGAGCGUGGUACUCCUGCAGAACGCUAUCGGCUCGUCGAGGCCUGCACGACCGCCACCGCCGGCGGGCAGUUAUCACCCCCGGCUGAACGAGGACCCUGACCACCUCUUCUUCUCCUACGCGAAACUGCGCGAAGUAAUCUCGCACAAGAAGAAGGAUAAGGCGCUGAACCCGAAGCUGCUCACCAUGGCGGUGCUGAACGCGUAUGCCGAAGAGUGGAAGAACUUCAUCUCGGCACCGCUUUCCUGCGCCCCGCAGGCAUUUCUCCUCGCCGCCUUUAACUUCCAAAGCCACUCCGGCGACAUCAACGCUGGCGCGAUGCUCAACAAAGAGCUCCUGCAAGCACAGCUGGCGGCGGCGGCAGAUGCGAUCGUGCUGUAUUCCUCGACGAACGGCAGCCAAGCCACGCGGCGCCGAACCGGGGCCGUCGCCACGUCUCUCUCAGCCACCUCGACUGGGCUGCUGCGCAACGAGAGCGACCGGUGGGGCCUCAUCUUUGUAUCGGCGCCGGCGCGCACGGCAGUCGGCACGGCAGCCAUCCCCCCGAUGCAGGAUCUUCUUACCGGCCAGUUUGUGCAGCCGCUCUCCCUCUCAGAGCGGCACCUGAUCUACAUUAUCGGCACCGGCUCGGCCGCCGAGAGCUUCGCCCGCUUCCCGCUAGCUCGCAAAGGCAACUGCGCCUUCUCGAUUCUUCUCCAGGACGUGGAGUCUCAGCUGGGGCUGGAGCGGCCACACCGGCUGAACUUGACCUCCAUGCUGACCCAAGCGCUGGAUAGCUUCUCGCGCAUCACGUGGAUGGGUCUCAUGAAGGAGGAGAAUGGUGAGCCGCACAUGCCGCACCCCAGCUCCGCCUUCUACCGACUGCAGCGUCGCAGCGUGCAGCGGGAGAUCAUGCCAAGCUUCCUCGAGCCCGUCUUCGCGCCCGGGCCGCGCUUCAUGGGAGGCGGCGCCGGUGGCAGGACCGUCGAUAGCAUGGGUCGUCCCAUCCGCGGUGGCACUCCAGACGUCGCCGUCGGUAGAGGUGGUACCCUCGCUCGUGAUUCGCGUGCCACUGCGCAAGCGAGCCGACUCCUGGAGGAGCACAUUCAAGUCAUCUACAACAGCCAGGAGCGGCUGAAUCGAGAAAAGGCGCUGCAGGAAGCGAUGCGGAGCCGCGUCGCGUACUUUAUGCAUGUCACGAGCGCCAGUGUUACGGCCGCCCGCCGUGCGGAUAAUCCGUUCUCAGCGCGCAACGGCAUGAUUGACGUGUUGGGGCAGCUGUGGACGUCGCUCAGCUUGAUGAACCCGCCGACGGUGCGGCACUGGCAAGCCAGUAUUGAGGACAAGACGGGUGAAGUGAAGAAAUUUGUUGACCCGGAGGUAGUGCUGCCGGACACGUUGCCGAUUGGCCCACCUGAAGCACCAAAUCCGAAGGACAGGGCCGAGAACGCGAUCUUGAUUGGGUGGGACAUCAAGCGCAUCUUGCUGUUCCUGCGGCGUAGCGUGAGGCUACGCACAUUCUUGUACAACGGUGGCAAGGUAUGGUGUGCGCAGUAUGCCCAGUACCUGCUGAAGGGCUUCAACAACCUACACUUGGCCACAAUGGAGCGGACGCUGCUGCAGUAUCACGAUGGGCCGCUGAAGGGGUCGAUGCAGCCCUUGGCAAAGCUGAAGCUGAUUUACGAGAUGCAGCUCGAGGUCGCUGUGAGCACGCGGCAGAUGUCCUCGGUGCAGCACCGCAUGGAUGGCCUGCUGGCGUCGAUGGAGAUGGAGCUGCAGGGGCUGCAGCUGGCGCCGCAGUCGCAGGUGACGUACUUUGCCAACACACUGCGCCUCGACCACGAGCGACUGGAGAAGGUGCUGCAUCAGAAGAUAAUGGACUUCACCCAGUCCAUGGACGACGAUGUGCGGCAACGCAUCAACUUCCGUUCUCCGCAGGAUAUCAGCACCAUCAUCUACGGCGGCGGUCUGUGUCGCCACCUCGGAUCUCGUUUUAUCCCUGUGAAGCCAACCAGAUACCCGGUAACAAGCCUCUUCCCGCACGCCGUGUGCUACGUCACUGGCACGAAUGUGCCAGACGCCUACAUGCAGGUAGACACCUUACUUGGCGGCAACAGCGGCGUAGGCAGCGGUGGCCAGAACAGCGGCAGCGUAAUCACGAUGAAUGAUGCACAGCGCAGCCUGCAGACGAUUCAGCAACUCUGCAAGCGCUGCUCGAUGGAUGCGCUGAUUCAGCAGACCGCCGUCGUGGUGGUGCUCUGCAAGGUAAAGAUUGGUGGCUGGCUGGAGCAGAUAUCGCUCUACUGCCCUGCCGCCACCGGCCCCGAGACGCGCGAGAUCAACCUUCGGGUGGCCGUGGACGACGUCAUUCCCGUGGCGGAACGGCCGGAUGUGGUGACAGUGACACAGCUGAAGGAGCGCAUCGCUGCCUACGAGCCGCUCAAGCAGCUCCUCGCGGCGUCAUCAGCGGCAUCGACAGGGGCGUCAAGGGCGCCCACAGCACGCAAGCCGAGUGGCAAGAAGACGCGACAAGGCGGCAAGGUGGGCGGCGACGGUGAGGCUGCAGCAGACCUGCGCAACAUCCUCAUUCUAACAAACUGCGCGCACGACAAGUUGGAGACGCUGGUGGACACCGGCGUACUCGAGGCCAUCAAGAAGGCCGUGUUUGACGGGCACACGGACGGCGUCGGCGCCGGCGCGGACGGAGGAGGGCCCGCAUCGCUAGAGCGGGUGUGCUUCGCUGACGUCAACAAAGCCUUCCCGCCGCCGCCUCAGGGCGCCGACUCGUUCGAGUCUGACUUCUCGGAGCUCACCUCGUCCAACGUCAUCACCUUCUCAGCCCGGUGCACAUGGGAGGUGCAUGCGAAGGAGCUCGUCUCGCUUGGUGGCGUCGAGGGAGCUGUGAAGAGUAUUGUGUCGCAGUGUGCCUCCGUUCUGGGCACGCCGCGAGAUGCGUUUCGCAGCUCUCAGCCAACCCCGUCAAGCGCGCCGCAGGGCCUGCAUGGGCAGGAGCAGGCAUCGACUGCCGGUAUGCUGUGGAUGGUGACACCGGAGAAGCUGCAUCCCCUGCUGCGGCGCUUCUUGCGCGGCAAGUCUGCGUCAUCCGGCGCUGACGCGAUGGAGCGGGUCACAACGCUGCUGUCACCGUACAAGACGGUCGACCUCUCCUUCUUUUCCGCGCUUCAGCAGCUUCGCUUUACCGAGAAAAAACUCCAGCUCUUCGAGGAGGGCUGCCUUUUCCGUGCCGUGCUGCCGGAAUGCCACGACCGUGUGCACGGCGAGCUGUGCCACUGUGUGACGGCUACGGGUCGCCUCUCCUCCCAGUCGCCGAACCUGCAGAACAUUCCUAAGGAGGAGGACCUGCGCCGCCUGAUUGUGUCGCGAUUUGGUGCGCAGGGGAUGAUGAUCGAAGCGGACUACAGUCAGCUGGAGGUCGUCGUCCUCGCCGCGCUGUGCCGCGACCCGCGCAUGAUGCAGGAGCUGCGCGACAACGUUGACUUUCACUGCCUACGUGUCUCGCUCAUGACGAAGGAACCCUACGAAGAUGUGGUGCGCAAGGCGAAGGUGAAGAAAGACCCGCAAUACAUCCAGCUGCGGCAGCAGGCGAAAGUGUUCUCCUUCCAGCGCCAGUACGGCGCCGGCAUUUCAACCAUCUCCACCACCACGGGGCUCACGGAGCAGGAGGUGGAUCGCCUCAUUGUGGCCGAGGAGCACCACUACAAGGAACUGAGCAAGUACUACAGCCUCGUGACGAGGUGCGUCGAGGCAGGGGCGGAUCGGCUGCUGCGGCUGCGCACGCUGGACACGUCUUGUUGGAACACCAACAUCCGCCGCGUCGUGAUGCUGACGGAGCCGAUGUACUACUUCGUUGUGCCUACCGGCAGCAAGUUCGACUUUACGAGGGACCGCAAGAGUGUGCCACGCCUGAAGAACUACCCGGUGCAGGGCCUCGCUGGGGAAAUCGUGCAGAUCAUGUGCGGCGCCAUCGUGCGCGAGUUCUACCAAAAGCGCAACUAUGGCGAGAAGGCGUUUUUGGUGAACACCGUGCACGACUGCGUUUGGGUGGACGCGCACAAGUCUGUCGCCGACGAGGUCCGCGCCGAUCUUGCACGCAUCAUGGGUCACACGCAGGAAACCAUUGCCACCCUUUGGCCCGACAUGAAGCUGGACGUGCCCUUCAAGGUGGAGAUCCACUCGGGUUCGUCGCUGGGGGAAUUGUCGGCGUAG